UUCCCCCUUCGGUACCUCGAAUGUAUAAGAUAGCAAGGUCACUCUUAGUCUAAUCUUAACUCGAUUGGAGGUCAUACUGUCGUGCAGACGCUAAUGGAUCUCUUAUAAAUAAUAAAUCGAUACCGAUCAGACAAUGAUGCGAAACUUCAACAGUUCGAUGGAAAGAGUUUGAGCACAUUCGUCAGUAAAGAAGUUUUAAUGCAAGUAGCCACCAAAAUAAAGUUACAAUUAAAUGACAUUUUAGUGUUUCUGGAUAUCGAUGAUUCUAGAGAGAACUUAUGCAAAGUUGUGAAUUUUGCCUUCGAGCAGAAAGAUGCAUUGAAGGAGGAGGAUACGGUGACAGAAAAACCUCUUAAAAUAGAAAAAAAAGAAAAAAAAAAAGAAACUAAAACUUCAGAAAACAAAUCGUCAGGGGUAUACGUUGAGUUUAUGAUGGACAGUGACACGGAACGACAUUAGAUUAACAUAAGAUUUUACGAUAUCUAUACAUAUAUCAUUACGACGAUGGAGAGAAUUCCUUUUGUCAAUACAGCCAUAGUUUGUUAUCUUUUACAUACGUACCACGUGUCUGCAAGCUAUAAUGGUCAAGAUGAGGAUUUCCGGACAACAAACCAUUCAAAAUCUCAUGAUUCAAACAUUUUCAUAGACAACCUUUUUAACAAGUAUGGAAAUAAAACAGUAAUGACAUUUGAAGGCUUUGAACAUUUAAUGAAUGGAAUAGAAUUAGGAAAUAUCAUUUUAGAGGAUUCUGUUAACGCCCAUCGCAUACUAGGAAGCAACGAAACCGAAUUUAAGUCUUUACACCAUCACAACCACAGCCAUGUUGUGGAUGUAAACCAUCAGCUGCCAAUACAUAAACGAAAACGACGCCAUGUGCACUAUGAAAGUGAAAGACCUUCGGUCACUGAAUCAUCUGACAUCUUGAAAAUGUGUCUGAGUCCAGUUCAAAUUUUAGAUUUCUAUGAUAUACACGAAGAUGAAGUGAUCACGAGGAGAGAUUUCGAACAGCUAUGCCCGGCGCUAAUAGUUCAGUUAGAUCAAAGACGAUGCCUUAAAAUGGGUGUUUUGAUUCGUUACCGGGACUUUGCAACACCCGAAACAUUAGGAACCAAAGCAUGGGGAUAUGGCUUUGUUUGUCUGAUCAUCAUAAGUAUUAGUGGUUUGCUGGUGAUAUCGUUGGUUCCUUUAUUGCAACGCAUAUCAUUUGAUGGAAUUCUACAGUUCAUGAUAUCGCUUGCAGUUGGUGCUCUGACUGGAGAUGCUAUGCUUCAUCUUCUACCACAUGCACUUGUUCCAGAAGUGGAAACGGAUCAUGAGCAUGAUCACGAAUCAGGAUCUCACAAUCACGAAAACAUCUACAAAGCACUGUGUGGUUUAUCAACAAUAUAUUUCUUCUUCCUAAUUAGUCGGAUUCAGACAAUAUUUGCGAACAGCAGAAUGAAGGAAAACAACAAUAAACUUGUCAAAAUUCCAGAACAAAACGAAAAGUUAAACACAGAAGGUAUCGAAAUUUUAGAUUUUGAACAGGAAUUUGAUGUACAGAUACAUCAUAAUCACGGACAUACACAUACUCACGUUGUACCAAUUUCUGUUUCUGGAAUGUUAUGGCGUAUAAUUAUCGGUGAUGGCAUUCACAAUUUCAGUGACGGCUUAGCGAUCGGAGUUGCUUUUGCAAACAGUAUAACUGGAGGCGUAAGCACGUCAAUUGCUGUACUAUGUCACGAGUUGCCUCACGAAAUGGGAGAUUUCGCUAUGCUGUUGAAGAAGGGAAUGAGUGUAAAACGAGCAGUUUUGUUUAACUGUUUAUCAUCACUAUUAAGUUGCAUUGGUAUGGUGAUAGGCAUAGCAGUGGGAAACAUUAGUGCUGUCAGCCUCUGGAUUUUUGUCGCGAUUGCUGGGAUGUUCAUUUAUAUAUCCCUUGUUGAUAUGCUUCCUGAACUUACAUCAGUACCAGACGGGGAGGAGCAUUCGUGGAGACGAUUGUUUGUUCAGAUAUGUGGAUUAGGUGUUGGAACAGGAAUAAUGCUGACCAUUGCAAUAUACGAAGAAAAAAUCAAAACUAUGCUAGAAUAAUUGGAGUUCAACGAAAUAUUGGUUAUAACAGACACAUAUGAUAUAAACAUGUGCAUAAUAAACCUUGGAAUAGCAUAUGCUGGUGCUGUAGGUUUUAUAAUAAAUAAUAUGCGGAGUU